UUUUGUAUACACAGGCUGUGACGUCACAACGAGGACAGCCAUGUUUUGAAUAACGGUAAACAGUGAGAGAAAGCGCUGUGAUUUUAUCGUCUUUACGUGUAUUGUGGUGCUUUUUUGUGUAAAUAUGUGGACACUAAGGAUAUACGACAGUUUGUAGAUAUAGUACGUAGCUUUAGAUUAUUAGUUUAGACAGUGUUUAUGAACAUUUUGCCAUCAUGGAUGGAGUAAAUUCUGGCGGCAAAGGACGAAGGAUGUGUGUUGCUGGAGGUUGUAGCAGAAGAAAAUCCGAUGGUGUGAGCUUACAUCAGUUUCCAUUCGAUCGUCCUGCUAUUCUUCGACAGUGGACGGCCUUUGUGCACAACUCCCGGAAAAAUUGGAACGGUCCUACGAAAGCAUCUGUGCUUUGUUCUGCCCAUUUCACGGAGGAUUCUUACCCAGCCAAGUAUCGCCUAAUGGAGUCGGUUGGAGUUCCCGUCCAGCGGAAAGAGUUGGAAAGAGACGCUGUUCCAACUAUACAGACUAAACGUCCCCAUGGAGAUGAAACACCUGUAUUGGGAAAACGUAGGGCUGAAGACGACAUAUCCCCUGCAAUCCUGACCAGCACACCCAAGAAGCCAAGGAGAGCUUUUCUCAAGAGGGAAUCUCAGCGGAUUUUGCUGGACUUCGAGAUGCAGAAGGAGAGUGCUCUUGCAGAGUCUAAUGAGGAUCCUUUGCAGACUGAUGGAAGUGCAGAAAACUUUUUGUCUCAGAUUAUAGACCAGGUUGCAGAUACCCCAACUCCCCCCAAGAAGGAGACCAGAUCUGUCGGGUCUCAACUUUCUAUGCCAAAACCCCAGAGAAGAUCACUUUUCACUCAGACAAAGUGGAAGACUUGUGAUAAAGAUCUUAUUUAAUAAUGAAAAACAAUUUCUCUGAAGUUUGAUACCCAGUGGAAUAGAUGGAAACCACUAUUGACUUAGUAUUUUCAAAAUGAUUUCUUUCUCUCUCCCUCUCUUUCUUUCUCUCUUUCUCCUAAAACAUGUUGUGUGUAUUCAGUUAU